GCAGACAGAGAGGGCUCCGGCGCCAGAGUCACACACACACUCAGCUGAAUAGCGGGACUGUUCUCUUUCCCAAGCGGAGUCUCAUAUCUGUGUCUGUGUUUCGCGGCUCUCCGCUCAUGUGGACGUUUCCUCUCUGUCUCUCCCUCUCGAACACUUGAUCCAGCAAUCCCAACCACGCACACACCACGAGACCACACCAAAAGCCCCGCUCAACUAACGGGACAGAAGCAGUAGCGAUGGUCGGCUUUAGGACACUGUUCCCGGGACUGCUGCUGCUGCUCGCUGGGCUGCCGGGGGGAGAAGCACGGGGACGGGAGAGGGUGUAUUACGUGGGAAUCAAAGAGAUCAACUGGGACUACGCUCCGACUGGCAUGAACCUCAUCAACGGGAAACAAAUAGCGGACGAUGAGAUGGAAUCUGUGUACAGGCAGUACACUGAUGCCUCAGAUCUGGAGCGCCCGGCCCGGUGGCUGGCAGGCCUGGAGAGGGCAGAGGUUGAUGAUGUCAUCAUUGUGCACUUGAAGAACUUUGCCUCCAGAAACUACUCCAUGCACCCUCAUGGAGAGAAGGACUCAGAGGGGGCGCUGUAUCCAGACGGUACAUCAGACAGACUGAAGCAGGAUGACAGUGUUGGCCCCGGGGCCAGCUAUACGUACCGCUGGGAGGUUCGUCCUGAGUUCUCCCCUACAGAGGGAGACGCAGCCUGUCUGACCUGGGUAUACCACUCACAUGUAGAGGCUCCUAGAGAUAUCACUUCUGGACUCAUAGGAGCUCUGCUCACCUGCAAGAAAGGUGUCCUGACAGAGGAGGGUCGUGUAGAUGUAGACAGAGACGUGGUUCUGAUGUUCAACGUGGUGGAUGAGUCUAUGAGCUGGUACCAGGAACACAACAUCCAGACCUUCUGUUCUGACCCCGCCUCCCUCGACCCUGAUGACCCAGACUUCCAGGAGUCCAACAUGAUGCAUGCCAUAAAUGGGUAUAUGUAUGGUAACCUGCUUGACAUGAAGCUGUGCCAGGGGCGCAGGGUGGCAUGGCACCUGUUUGGGAUGGGCAACGAGGUGGACAUACACUCCGCAUACUUCCAGGGCAACACCCUAUUGGACCGUGGUCACCGUGCCGACACACUCAGCCUGUUCCCGGCAACCUUCGUCACCGCGGCGAUGGUUCCCUUGGCGACCGGGAAAUGGCUGCUGAGCUGUCAGGUCAACGACCAUCUACAGGCCGGUAUGCAGGCUCUGUAUGAGGUGGUUUCCUGUGAUGAUGAUGUCAGCCCCUCAGUAGCCCCCCCUGCUGGCCCAGUCAGGAAGUACUACCUGGCAGCAGAGACCGUUACCUGGGACUAUGCUCCUACCGGGAUGGACACACACACCAACCUGUCCCUCACACUGCCCGGCAGUCCCUCAGUGUUCUUCGGUAGUGGUGAUGGCAGGAUAGGCGGCCGCUAUAUGAAGGUGGUGUAUCGGGGCUACACAGAUGACACCUUCACUACCAGACAACCUCUCACCCCUGAAACACAACACCUGGGAAUACUGGGCCCGGUGCUGAGGGCUGAAGUAGGGGACAUCCUACAGGUGGCGUUUCUGAACAAGGCAGACAGGAACUACAGUAUCCAGCCCGGCCUCCACUUCGACAAACAAUACCAGGGAACCAGUUACCAAGACGGUGCAGAGAAGCCAGGGUCAGCUGUGUCUCCAGGCUCCAGGUUCACCUAUACCUGGCAGGUGUUGGAUGGUCCCUCCCUCUCUGACCCUCCCUGUUUGUCCUACCUGUACUACUCUGGCUCCUCCCCUGUGGACCCAGGCCUCUCUGGACCACUACUGGUCUGUAGGCCUGGAGCACUGGGGGACCGCGGCAAGCAGAGGGACGUGGACAGGGAGUUGUUCCUGCUGUUCUCUGUAAUGGAUGAGAACCUGAGCUGGUACCUUCAGAGGAACAUAGAGACCUAUGGAUCGGACCGGUCAGACCCAGACAGCCAGGACUUUCAGGAGAGCAACAACAUGCACGCGGUGAAUGGCUUCAUGUACGGAAACCUUCCAGGCCUGGAUAUGUGUUCCGGGGACAGGGUUUUUUGGUACACCUUUGGGCUGGGUACGGAGGUGGACAUCCAUGGGGUGUACUGGGAGGGGAACACCUUCCAGAGACACGGUACUACCAGAGAUACACUCAGCCUGUUCCCUCACACCACCGCUGCAGUCAGCAUGCUGCCACACACACCUGGUGUAUUUGAGGUGAGCUGCAGAGUGACUGACCACUCUAAUGUUAACCACUGUCGUGUAUUUGAGGUGUAUUUGAGGGUAUUUGAGUACACACACUCGCGUGCCUCGUCCGUGGUUCGCUACUACGUCAGCGCAGAGGAGGUGGAGUGGGACUACUCACCUGACCGGGCCUGGGAACUAGAGAAACAUCACGCUACAGAGGAGGACAGUCCAGGCAGUAUAUUCGUGGGCAGGGGAGAGAAUCGUAUUGGUCCACGCUAUAAGAAGGCGGUGUAUAGACAGUACACUGAUGACACCUUCAGGACACAGACGGAACUGCAACCUGAACAACUGCACCUCGGCAUUCUGGGUCCUAUCAUCAGGGUGGAGGUGGGAGAGGAGGUUCUGAUCACCUUUAAGAACAGAGCCAGCCGUCCGUACUCUAUACACGCUCACGGAGUGGUCACUACCGACACACACACACCUGUCCAACCAGGUUAUAUGACAGAGUUCAGAUGGGAGGUCCCAGAGAGCUCUGGUCCAGGAGUGUCUGAUCCUAACUGUAUCUCCUACGCGUACUACUCUACUGUUGACUUCGUGAAGGACGUGUUCAGCGGUCUCUUGGGUCCCCUGGUGGUCUGCCGACAGGGAGUACUGCAGCGUGGAGCUGAGGAGGGGACGAGGAAGAGGAGGGACGUGGAGAGGGAGUUUGCUCUGCUCUUCAUGGUGUUUGAUGAGAAUGAGUCCUGGUACCUGGAAGACAACAUCAGAACUUACCUCCACACCGACCCCAGUAACUUCACCGUGGACGACAACUUUAUAGAGAGCAACAAGAUGCACGGUAUAAAUGGUAAGCUGUAUGGAAACCUUCAUGGUCUGACCAUGUCUAAUGGCCAGACAGUGGACUGGUAUCUACUGGGGAUGGGCAACGAGGUCGACAUUCACACCGUCCACUUCCACGCUGAGACCUUCACUUAUAAAGUGGACAGUGUGCACCGCGCGGAUGUGUUUGACCUGUUCCCGGGGACGUUUCAGACGGUCCAGAUGACUGCAGGGAACCCUGGGACAUGGCUGUUGCACUGCCACGUUGCCGACCACAUCCACGCUGGAAUGGAGACUACUUUCACCAUCACGGAGAAAACAUCACAUGCACCUGGUAUCGGAGGUUCCAUCUCUACUCUGCUACUGCCACUAUUACUGGCCGUUCUCCACUAGAAUCCUAGAAUGGACAUGAACCUUCUUAUGAUGGCAUAAAAGGUCAGCCAUGUUGGACAGGGUGGUUUGCAACCGUGGUUUGCCAGUGCUGUUAUAAUUUGUAAAGCAAUGAAUUUGAAGAAUUUGCAUUGUAUACAGUGCAUUCGGAAAGUAUUCAGACCCCUUGACUUUUUCCACCAAAACAUUUUUACGUUACAGACUUGUUCUUAAGUUGUUUAAAAAAAAAUGUUUUUCCCCUCAUCAAUCUACACACAAUGCCUCAUAAUGACAAAGCGAAAUCUGUUUUUUAGGAAUGUUUGCAAAUGUAUAUAAAAAAAAUACAGACCCUUUACUCAGUACUUAUUUGAAGCACUUUUGGCAGCGAUUACAGCCUUGAGUCGUCUUGGGAAUGCCUCUAUCAGCUGGGCACAUUUGUAUUUGAGGAGUUUCUCCCAUUCUUCUCUGCAGAUCCUCUCAAGCUCUGUCAGGUUGGAUGGGGAGCGUCGCUGCACAGCUAUUUUCAGAUGUUCAAUCGGGUUCAAGUCUGGGCUCUGGCUGGGCCACUCAAGGACAUUCAGAGGCUUGUCCCGAGCCACUCCUGCUUCUUGGCUGUGUGCUUAGGGUCGUUGUCCUGUUGGAAGGUGAACCUUCGACCCAGUCUGAAAUCCUGAGCGCUCUAGCAGAUUUUCAUCAAGGAUCUCUCUGUACUUUUCUUCGUUAAUCAUUCCCUCGAUCCUGACUCGUCUCCCAGUCCAUGUUGCUGAAAAACAUCCCCUCAGCAUGAUGCUGCCUCCACCAUGCUUCGCCGUAGGGAUGGUGGAUCCUGCCUCCACCAUGCUUCGCCGUAGGGAUGGUGCCAGGUUUCCUCCAGACAUGACGCUUGCUAUUCAGGUCAAAGAGUUCAACCAUGGUUGCAUCUGACCAGAGAAUCUUGUUUCUUUAGUCCUUCAACUGCCUUUUGGCAAACUCCAACUCUGUCUGGCCACUCUAUCAUAAAGGCCUGAUUGGUGGAGUGCUGCAGAGAUGUUUGUCCUUCUGGAAGGUUCUCCCAUCUCCACAGAGGAACUCUGGGGCUCUGUCAGAGUGACCAUCGGUUUUUCGUCACCUCCAUGACCAAGGCUCUUGUCCCCCGAUUGCUCAGUUUGACCUGGCCGCCAGCUCUAGGAAGAGUCUUGGUGGUUCCAAACUUUUUCCAUUUAAGAAUGAUGGGGGCCACUGUGUUCUUGGGGACCUUCAAUGUUUUGGUACCCUUCCCUAGAUUUGUGCCUCAACACAAUCCUGUCUUGUUGCUCUAAAUUCCUUCGACCUCAUGGCUUGGUUUUUGCUCUGACGGGGAAGGACUGCCCGUUCCAUGAUCUCGCCAUCACGGUUGACAACUCCAUUGUGUCCUCCUCCCAGAGCGCUAAGAACCUUGGCGUGAUCCUGGACAACACCCUGUCGUUCUCAACUAACAUCAUGGCGGUGGCCCGUUCCUGUAGGUUCAUGCUCUACAACAUCCGCAGAGUACGACCCUGCCUCACACAAGAAGCGGCGCAGGUCCUAAUCCAGGCACUUGUCAUCUCCCGUCUGGAUUACUGCAACUCGCUGUUGGCUGGGCUCCCUGCCUGUGCCAUUAAACCCCUACAACUCAUCCAGAACGCCGCAGCCCGUCUGGUGUUCAACCUUCCCAAGUUCUCUCACGUCACCCCGCUCCUCCGCUCUCUCCACUGGCUUCCAGUUGAAGCUCGCAUCCGCUACAAGACCAUGGUGCUUGCCUACGGAGCUGUGAGGGGAACGGC